AUGAUAAAGACUCCAGUACGCGCAUCGACUAAGCAGGAUGACUUUUACAUUACCAGCUUCUUGCAAGCCCAACUAGAUACCCUGUCAUCCGAACAACAGUGUUGGCUCCAGCCUGGCGUCACCGGCUUAAGAGUCCUGCUGCAGGGCAACAUUUCGCAACCCCCCGCCUCGAUAAGGAACUUCGCAUUGGACACGCGCAAUAUCAGUAGUUCUGGCAACACCUUCUCUAUCAAUUUCAUAACAGACGAGUUUUCCGUCAACGGUGUAUCAGAGUCGACGUUUAUCACUCUUGGUUUAGUACACCUCAUUUCCAUGACGCUUGCCUUCUUCCUCGUCUAUCCCAUCAUCCUUUUGUUGGCUUCGGCAACUGUUUUAUGUCAUCUAAUCGGCCGCCCAAUCGAAAAGAAAGUCGUUGAUAAGUGGCAGAUGAUUCUCCAGCUUUGUGUUUUCGCUCCGCUCGUGGCUGGUGGCAUGGUUACUGGCAUUCUUGCCAGGGGAACAGCAGACCAUUUUACAUCGGAGCACAGUAUCGUGGGCCUCGUUACAGUGUCCCUGACGAUUGUUGACGUGAUACUCUAUUUCUUCUUGCGGCGGAUGAGUAGGGGACUGUCGACUUACGAUUCCAUCCCCCGUAAUGUGAAAUAUGUCCACUACGCCGACGUUGCGCUGUGCCAGCUCAUACUUAUGAUAUCGAGCUUUGUACUCCCCGAUGGAAUCGACGACUUUGCAGUCAUGAGCCUUUGCGACACGGCCGUUCUGUCCGACUCAUGGGUCUUUUCGCUCGGCAUGAUGCUCGUUUUUGUCUGGAAUGGGGCGAUGGCUGCGAUGACCGUCCAGUGGUUUCUUGUGAGGCGGUCCAGAAAGACGGAUGCGCAGGAAACAGUGCCUCUCUGCGCGGUUGAUUCGUCACGAUCAAUAUCGCCCCCGGCCGAGAAGGCGAGUGGCCCAUAA